CAUAGGCCCCUUUCGGUGCGGGGGAAGCAUAAUUGGAGAUUCCUGGAUUUUGACUGCCGCACAUUGCUUCACCUUAAUGGAUUCAGUGCAAAUCUUUUAUGGCUAUAACCUUUAUGGAAUAUCGGAAAUAAGCCACACAGUAGGAAAGAAAAAUUUUAUUAGCCAUGAGCAGUAUGGCCAUUCCGGGCCCGGGCCUUUUGAUAUUGGCCUCAUCCGUACACCAAAUCGCAUUGAGUUCUCCGCUAAAAUUAGCAAGAUAGCCCUUCCAAAGUUAAGUGAUCAAUCUGAUAGCAUGGUGGGUUGGAACACUAAAUCCUGCGGUUGGGGCAGCACUACAGAAACCGUCUAUCCAUACCACCUACAAUGCAUGGAUGUCAAUGUUAUUAGCAAUGGAGAAUGUUUUAAACUGUUUUCUCAUUUCAAUGAUUUCAAAAAUAUUACUGACGACAUGGUUUGUACAGGCCUAAUCAAAGGUAAAGCAGUUUGUGGAGGCGAUUCUGGUGGACCUUUGGUAACCCGUUCGAACCCUCCCACUUUGGUUGGUGUUGUUUCCUUUGGCAGCGAGGCUUGUGACGCAGCAUCUGUUUAUGCCCGAGUUUCGUAUUUCUUGAAAUGGAUUCACGAAAAAACCGAUAUUCCCAUUUAAAAUUGAUUUUUUUUAAACAUGUAUGUUUCAAAGAAAUCUAUAUAAACAGCGGCUAAGAAGUCUUUAGCUUUUAACUUGCA